GAGAGUGCAUCACUUGAGUAUAAAUUAUAAAACACAAAACCAGUUGACCAGUUGUGGUUGUAAUAGGAGUCUAGGAGACGUCGGCGUUGUCAACUUGUCGCAGCUUGCACUUCGCACCCGCAACAGUCGCACUCGUAACUCAUACGAAGGCUCACCAAGGUGGCCUGAUUGCAAGUGACAAAAUGUUUGCACGGAGGAAGUGCCCAUGCCCAGCACGCAGACGAAGCAUCAUGACAUCAAGGGCAUCAAGGCUCCAUCGCUCGAACGCCUCAACUUCCACAAAUAGCUCAACUGGAAUCUGUGCUCCUGUCAAGGUCGUUCUUCGAGUGCGACCUCUGCUCGAGCGAGAGAUGAACACAGCAGGAGAACUCUGCAUUCAAGUUGUAGAUGAAAGGAAGCUUAUAUUUGAUCCAGUUCCAGCUUUUGAAGACCCAGAUUCAUUACAAAGGCCCAUUGGGGACAACGCCAAGGUCAAGAAAAACAUGGAAUUCUCCUUUGAAAACAUAUUUGGCCCUAUUUGCAGUAAUAUAGAUGUGUACAAUUCUGCAAUUAAGGAUAUUGUUUCCAAUGUGAUUGAUGGAUUCAACUGUUCUGUGUUCGCAUAUGGUUCAACUGGCUCUGGAAAGACGUUCACCAUGCUUGGCAAACAAGAUGAACCAGGCAUAACCUUCCAGCUCAUGUCUGAUCUCUACAAAGCUCUUGACAGUACUGAAAACUUGGAAUUUGUCAUCAAUGGCUCUUACUUAGAAAUUUACAAUGAAAAUGUCAGAGAUCUCCUGAAUCAGAAAUCGAAAGAUCUAUGCCUCAGAGAAGACGGGAGAGAAAUAGUUGUUUCAGGCUUGUCUUGGUUCAGACCUGAAAAUGCUGAGCAGCUGAUGGAAAAAUUACGCCUCGGAAAUUCUCGUCGAACGCAACAUCCGACUGACGCCAAUGCUGAGUCGUCACGGUCCCAUGCUGUUUUCCAAGUCAGACUGAAACUGAUCAGGAAAAAUGAGGAGGGAGAGGUCACCAGCAAAACUUUUGUCAAACUCAACAUGAUUGACCUUGCGGGUUCCGAGAGAGCAGCCGCCAACAACAACAGCUCUUUGCGUUUGCUGGAAGGAGCCAAAAUCAACAAAUCUCUUCUUGCUCUUGGCAAGUGUAUCAGUGCUCUUGCAUUUGGUCGGCGCCACAUUCCGUACAGAGAUUCAAAGCUCACCAGACUUUUGAAAGGAACUUUAGGUGGCAACUGCAAAACUGUUAUGAUUGCAAAUGUUUCACCAUCAACUCUCUCGUAUGAAGACACCUAUAACACUCUCAAAUACGCCACCCGUGCCAAGACAAUCAUAAAUCAGGUAUCCAAGAGCAUCGGAAAUUUGCCAUCCGUAGCUAUCAGAAAACUGAACAGUGACUUGGACGAAGCCAAAAAAGAAAUUGCCUCCCUGACUGCCGAGAACCUAAAUCUGCGUGAGAAGAUUUCAGCCCUGGAAUCAAAAUCUGAUGGAAUUAGCCUUGUGUGUCUACAGAAGACCGCAAGAAAGCUUUCUCUUCUUGUGGCAGCUAAACAAGAGGAGGCAAAAUCAAUUGACAUGAAAAAGAACAUUGAACUUCAUCUACAAGAAAUGCAAGACAGAUUUGACGACAAGAAGAUGAAGCUGGAUAGGCUCAAAAUUAUUGCACCACAUUUGAUUGAGCCAGAAGGACUCCAAAAGGCAGAGGAACAGCGAGCACUCAAAUGUUCUUCCCUGACUAAGGAGUUGGAAACGGCGUGUCGCGAGCUCGAAGUGAAAAGAGGUUUUGCACAUCGCUUAGAGAAAGAGUUGGAGCAGUGGCUGAAAUCAUUAUGUAAGCCAUACCAACAGAUAUUUGAAACCUUCCACCGGCUCCUGGAGUAUGAGGCUCAGCCGGACCUCGUUGAUUGCACGGUGGAAAAGAACCACUAUCACCGCACAAUGGAAAGAAUAGCUGCAGAGAAACUUCAGCUGCACAACUUUCUGAAAAUGGCCUACCUGCAAAGUCAAAAUAAAUCCAGCCUGGAAAUUCAAGAACUGAUUAACCACAAUGAUGUUAGUCAGUUGCUUGCUGAUGAUCAGAAGGAAUGGGAUGCAAUUAAGGGAUUGAUGAGUCACCAAGAGGGAGCAAACGCCUUACCUUCUGAAGCAUUCCUUGUGAAAAACACACCAUCAACCAGAACAAGAGGAACCCAAAGGAAUGAGGGAAAUCAUACUCCUGUCAAGUUCUCUUUUGAUGAAGGUGAUCCUCUGCUGUUUUCCCCAGCCCCAUUUUCACUGAAGAACACGCCAUCACGCCAACCGAAGAUUUUCACCUUAGAUAAUUGCACUCCUCCUGCAAACUCGGAGUAAUAUAAUAUGAAGUUUGGCAACAAAUUUUGGAAAGUAACAACUUUUACCUGAGAGGAACAAAAAUUUGAUGUAAGGAACACCACAUAGAUAUACUAAUUUAUUACACCAAAAAAUAAGAAUUUUGUCUCCAAGAGGGAAUUAUUUACACAGAAUGAAAAUAAACCAUGUAGAGAAAUUCAAGAUUUAAAUAUAUUGU